CUCUCCUUCUCUGUUCUUAUUAAGGAAAAUAAAAAAUAAUAAAAAAGCUUUCGGCAAAUCUGUGAUCGAAGCUGAAUCACUCCCAGUGGAGCUCGGAUUCGUUUUCCAACGAAGGAACCGAUCAGAAAGUUCUCUACAAACUCUAUCGAAACAACCAAAAUCGAGUCUUGCUCUAGUCAAAAUUGCAAUCAACCCUCGAAUUGGUGUGUGUGUGUGUGUGUUUUCUCUCGAUUCUUCUUCUCCAUCUCCGUAACUACUCUUUGAAGAAUUGGGGAUCAAAGCUUCGCGAUGGACUACGAAUCGUUUGAUAGCAGCGGAACAGAUGAUGAUCUGCCUCCAUCUCAUAGGGUUGCAAGAGGAGGGCGUGUGGCUGGCAACGGAAGACCUUCGAGUCUUCUUCCUCCAUCUUACCCUAAGAUGUAUGAUGAAGUUGCUGUUGAUAUGGAAGCUCAGAUUCACCAGAUUGAGAAGGAAGCAUACAUAUCUAUCCUAAGAGCCUUUAAAGCCCAAGCAGAUGCUAUCACUUGGGAAAAGGAAAGUCUUAUAACUGAACUGCGUAAAGAGCUGAGAGUGUCCAAUGAGGAACAUAGAGAGCUUCUUGGCCGUGUAAACGCAGAUGAUACCAUACGAAGGAUAAGGGAAUGGAGACAAUCUGGAGGAAUGCAACCAACAAUGCGCAAUGCUGCUCAAGUGGUUCACGAUACCUUGCCAACACCUUCCGUUUCAGCUUCUGUCAAGAAGCAGAAACUAAACCAGCCAAUGCCUUCUCAACCAUUCGCUUCACACCCUCAAGCUGAUCUUACUAACCAGUUUGCAUCAUCCACAGCUAAACGAGGACCUGUUCCCAAUGUCAAGGGAAAAAAGCAUAAACCAGGUUUCCCUGGUUCCUCUUCUGCAAAACCUGUCUCAUACCAUCCCUCAGAUCAACCUCAACGAGGACAAGUCAUGAACAGAGUACCACCUGGUCCCACCAGUUCAAGUGAACCCACAAAUGGAAACGACCCUGAGUCUUUUGUAGGAAGGAAAGUUAGAACGAGGUGGCCAGAAGACAAUACGUUUUACGAGGCUGUCAUCACCAAGUACAGUCCAGUUGAGGGCCGCCAUGCUUUGGUUUAUGACAUUGGAACACCUAACGAGACAUGGGAAUGGGUCAAUCUCUCAGAGAUAUCUCCUGGGGAUAUUGAGUGGAUAGGAGAGGAUCCUAGGGUUGGUAAUCAGUAUGGUGUAAACGGACAAGGCCAUGGUCUGAAUAGAACUACAGGACCAAACAGUGUUCCACAACGGGGAAGCGGUUUGGCAAAGACCAGUAUCAAAAAAGAUUUCAGAACAUCGCAGAAUGGAACUGGGAAAAGGAAACAUAUGGAUAUACGAAUCCGUCAGACCAAUGUCCUAAUCAGAGAUGUGGAGAGAGUUCUUGGCUCACACAAUCCAGAUCCUCAAGAAGUUGAAAGGGCUAAGAGAAUGUUGGAGGAGCAAGAACAAGCGCUUGUUGGUGCCAUCGCAAAGCUUGGAGAUAUAUCCGAUGGAGAAAACGAAGGUGGCUUUCAUCGCUAACUUGUGUUUGAUAGACAAGCAAUUUUGGCAAGACAUAGUGCAAUGCGGUGCAUGAGGAGCCGAUGAAGAUAGCAUUUGUUGAGAUUUUUAAGGUCAGAGUCUCAAGUUCUUGAUGUUCCUUUUUUGGAGCAUAUGACUGUAAUUUUUGCUGACAUUAGAGAUAGCUUUACCCAAAUGUUGAUUUUGUUGGAUAUAUGUUCAAAUGGAAUGGUUUUAGUA